AUGGCAAUACGUGGAGAACAAGGCGAAUGUGGAAUAUUGAUCCAGCAAAUGCGCGCGAGGCAAAAGUGAGAAGGGAGAGACAUGAGGCAGUGUGGCCAAGAAGAGAAGGUUGAGGCUCACGCCGUCAAAUGCCACGGUCACCGUCAGUCCGGUCCGAAAAUGGGCGUACAAGAUGGCCGGCCAACCGACCAACGUCGAAAAAACGACGGCCGGCACGACAUCUGCCCUCCACGACGUCUUCACUCUCUCGCUUCCUCUUUUGUUUACUUCUCCCUGGGAGUUCCGGUCAGCGUUUGCCAAAGUUAGGAAAACUCAGGUUCAAUUCGUCAACUUCUCUCCUGGAAUUCCUUUCGAAAAAAAAGGAGUUAGCACUUUGAAAAUGUUCCUCUGCAUUUUUUCUUGAAGUGGUGAUCACAGUAGUUCAAAUUUCUGAGCUUAUUAUAGCUUCGUUGACUCUACGAACUUUUUUCGAACAUUUUCGGGCUUUUGAAAGCGCCAGCGCUGAUUUCUGAAGCGUUAAAAAAUUGUGAGUCAUGAUUUUCUGAAUAAAUCUCAAUCACCAAUGAAAAACUUUGAAAAAAAUGAGAAAAAUCGGGCACAAGGUUCUUUUUUUCUUAGUUAAAAUUGUUUUUUUCAAGAAAAAAACUUCAUUUUUUUAAUGAGGCGAAAGCUAAAGACUCUCGAAUAAUUUCCGUUUCAAUGAAUUUAUAAAUGGAAAAAUUGAAAUUCUGUAGGUUUUGAGGGGGUGAAGAUGUUCUUUCCAUUGAACACUAGUUUUAAAAAAGUUCUUUUAAAAGUCGACAAGACACUAACCAAUGGAAAAAACGGCUCGUGUUUCAAAGUUUAUUAUGGUGAACUCGUUAUAAUAAUAUUUAGGAUUUUUUCGUCAAAAAAUACAGAUUUGUGUAUGAGAAGAACAACGAGUUUUUUUCAGCACGUUUUUAUCGCAAACGAGAGUCUGGAAACAAAUGAGAAAAAGACAUGCCGGCCAUCUGACCCAAGACAAGCUUCAUUUUACUAGAUCCAGGAAAAUCUUAAUUACCCACGACGCAUUUUACGGUCCGCGUGCGUCAGUUAGACAUAUGCGCUCGCGGCGUUUUACUCGGAGCGGCGGAGUCAAAAGAGCUUUGACCGAUAGCCGCCGUGUGAAAUAAAAAAAACGAUAUUAUUUGCUUGCUGGAUUGCAAGAAAAAUCAUGAGGGAAAAAUGUCUCGUUUUAUAAUGUUCUCAAAUCUUUUGUAGAGUUUCAAAGAGCAAAGCACUGCGGCCUUUUUUUUUACUUUCAGAGAAUGUUGAGAGGGUUUUUAUAAAUUUUUUCAGAAAAGCUUUCUGACAUUUCAGGUUCAAAAGUUAGCCAGGAAAAUUUUCUGAUGCGCCAGGUAAAGAUCUUGAAUGCUACGGUCUUCUCAAAAGUUCGAAGAUUUUAUAAUCAGAUGUUUCCAAGUCUGAACGAAGAAAAAAGUCAAUCAAUCGAGUGGAACAAAUAAAAAAAGGAAUAGGAGAGCCGAACCUGAAGUCAUGAAAAAGACCGACUCUAUAGUUAUCUCGUAUACCGAAAAGUGUUCUCAGUAAUUUCAAGAAAACCGCAAAACAAAAUGCCUUUUGGGCUUUCCGAGCAAAGGAAUUACCAUUUUUCGCUAAGGAUCUAAACGAAAGAGGGUUUUCAAACAUUGACAGCAUCUACUUCUGGCUUUUAAAGCUUUCAGAAAGCAAAUGAAGAGUAAUUUAUGGUGUAGCAAAAAAUAGUUUUCUCAGCUCUGCCGAAGUUUCGAGGGGUUUCUAAAGUAAGCCAUAUGAGUUGGUAUAAGCUGAGAGUGUGAGAAAAGGAAAACGUCGAACUGGACCCUAGGAGGCAAAAGAGGCUGAUGGACACGCCGCUUCCUGAGAACCUGUUGCUGUCCUUACAUGUGUACAAACCUAGAAGGCUGCCAAACUGACCCACGUAUCAAAUUUCUUUCAUGGUUAUGCGCAAGCAUCAUGAGCCAUUCUGUUAAUUUAAUUACAGCGUUCAACCAGAAAAAAAAACCGUGAUCAUAUCGAAAUAAGAAUCAUUAAAAGUAUGUUUCCUUCAGUGCGUUGGUCUCCUUUUAGAAAAAGCAAAAAAAACUUUUCGAACUAGUUAUUCAUUUUUACAGUUUGAAUUUUUUUGAAUUGAAACUCCCAUCUCAAGAAAGAAUAGCUUUCUCAAUUCAAAAAGCAGUGAAUAAAUAUUCGAAAAAAAUAUCCAGGGAAAAAUCUUUUUAAAAAAAGGAACUGCUAAGUGAGAGAAGAAACUGUUGAUAUUUUAUUCAUCAAAAAAAGACACUCUUCUUUGAUCUACACUUCUGGAAAGUUCCACAGAGGUUGCAACGAUGUUCAAAAAAGAUGAAGUGUUGUGGGAAAAAAGACAACUCAAUUUCUCAAGGGAUUACAUUCGCGCAAAGACAGAACGAAGUUCCCAUUCAGCUUGGCGCGAAAUUGUUCCAAUCUUUUGUGGAUCUCCAGCAAAACUAGAAAAAGUAUCAUAUCCUCUGAAUAUUUUUUUCAUUAUUUGAAAUUGAAGGAAGAAAAAAAUGAUGAAGGAGAUAUUGGUAUUCACUUAAUAAGUAGUGAGAAAGUUCAAUUUACCCUUUUUUAUACUUUUUUCAUAUUUUAUUUUCAUACGUAUUUUUCAUACAAAACAAACGCAGCACAGAUUCAAAAAAAGAAGCUCCUCGCGUCGAGAAGACUUUGAGAGAUCUAUUUUUGAAAUGCACGGAUGAAUUAGCUUCUUCGUGUCCUCAAUCUCAGCUCACAUUCCGGGUGAUGAAAAAAUCCGAAAGUUUUUGCAUUGAAAAAUUGAAAAAUUUGAAAAACACUUUCAAUUAUAAAAUAGGAAUUGUUUGGUUUGAAGGUAUUGAACCAAUGUACAAUUUCAGUUUUCAUACGAACAGCCCGCAAUUCAAGAGCAUUUCUCAAUGUUUGGCUUCUGCGAUUUUUAAACUUCAAUGAAUCUACCUCAAUGAAACUAUUUUGACAUCUGCGAUACAAUUCUUUCAUCAGCGGCGCGCCAAAAAGCAACAGGUUGUAGCUUGUCUACAGUCCGAAGGUUCACAAGUUCAAUCCCCGCCGCGAUUCAACGAAAAGGUUUGAGAAAUAUAUAGGCCUUUAAAAAAACGACGGUUUUUAAUCCCCAGCCGUAACAUACAAAGACGGAUAUGUUACUAGCGUUAGUCCACUGAUUAUCACUGAUACCCGGAUAGCACCUUACCUCAUCGUAAUGGGGCUCCGACGCAAUAGCGUAAGAACAAAAGAGUAAGAAGAAGAUGAAGAUUUGUUCAUCCUUAGCUGAGAGCAUUAUUUAUGAUAAGGGCACAGUUGGCGAAGAAUGCUCUUCCAUAAAAGAAAUUUUCCAGGUUUUUGUUGUGAAAAAAAAUCAUCAGUCCAUAACCGAUGAAGAGAGAUAA